AUGGGCGAACUCCUGGACUACCUCCUGCAAAAUGAAGGGGACUUCCGAAAGGCCCGACUACCCGCGCUCUACUCGGACUUCACGCCGCAACGGACCCUCAACCCGGACGGCUACGCAGCAAAUGUCGAUGCAUGGAAGCGAGGUCUCUCGUCCGCUCUUCUAGCAGGCCAUGUCCCCUCGCGCUCAACCCAACGCUCACACUUCGUGCUGGAGCUCGACGACUCCAUGCUCCACGCCCUCGAGACCAAAUCCCUCGGCCAACCUCUGGCCCUGGGCACCGUGCUGGCCGAGGCCGUGGCCAACGGCGAGAUGAUCCCGCAGAAGCAAUUUCUAGACUCGAAGGAGACCGUCUACUACAAGAGCUGGGGCUCCCUGGGCUGGAAUGUGGCCAAGUGGGGACUGAGGAAGGCCGGGCUGGUCGGCGCACCCGGCGCUGAUGGAAAGAUACCCAAGGGACAGUUCGCAGUACUCUCAAAUCUAGAGACCGGAGCGAAGAGGUUCAGCAGCGCGGCAAGCGACCGAGCUGGCAGGUUUGGGCGCGCAUUCUCUCGAGCGCACUUUCGGCGGACGUUUGAGAAAGGGCUACUGGAGACGCAAGGGCAGACACUAUCAGACUCUGAUUUUGACGUCUUGGUCAAAUUUCUCAGCAGGGACAAGGGCAUCCUCGCGACCGAUGGGCAGACAAUCAAGAUACGGGGACGAGGUUCGGAUACCGACGAGCAGGAUACCAUCAUCACGGAGGAGGACCGCGCGAUCGGGAGCCUGAAGGAGCUGAUGGAGGACUUGACGAAGCAGACAGACGCGCUGACCCAGCGCAUCGACGAGCUGAACGCGGCUGCACAGGAAGCUGUCAGGAGGAAGAACACGGUCUCGGCGCGGGCAGCGCUCAAGUCCAAGAGGCUGGCCGAGACCAACCUGUCGAGACGCUUCGCCACGCUGGGCCAACUCGAGGAGGUCGCUGCCAAGAUCGAGCAGGCUGCGGAUAACGUGGCCUUGGUCAAGGUGAUGCAGUCCAGCACGGUCGCCCUGAAGAACCUCAACGCAGCUGUCGGCGGCGCGGACAAGGUGGACAGCGUGCUGGAGAACCUGCGUGAGCAGAUGGGCGAGGUCGACGAGGUGGGCAACAUCAUCGCCGAGGCCGGCCCCGCAGCCACCGUGGAUGAGGCCGAGGUCGACGAGGAGUUCGAAGCCAUGUUGGCCGAAGAGCGGGCCAAGGAGGAGGCGAUCGAGAGGAAGAAGCGGGAGGCACAGCAGGAGAAGGAGGCCGAGGAGACGAGGAGGCGGCUGGCCGAGCUGGAGAAACUGGGUCCGGUCGCCAAGCCGGAGGAGGCCAAGGAAGAAGAGACAACAACGGCACUGGACAGGGAGAAGAACCCGCCCACACCCGUGACGGCAGCGGCCGGCGAGCUGGAGGGUAUGUCAAUAGAGGACAGAGAGCCGAUCCGACUUGCCGCUGAGUAG